AUGGCAACAAACAAGACUGAAAAAGACGAUGGUCUCAAACGACGCAUUCUUCCUCGAGGGCUGCAAAAACUGAUCGAACAGUGUUUGAAAAUUUAUCCCGAUCAAACGAAUCCCUUGCAAGUGACCACCGUCCUUAAGUACUGGCUUGGUGGACAAGAUCCGCUGGAUUACAUCAGCAUGUACCACAAUCCAGGCGAUCCCGAGCAAAACAUUCCCCCGCACUGGCACUACGUAAGCUUCGGAUUGUCGGAUCUCCAUGGGGAUGGGCGAGUUCACUUAGCGGACACCUCAGGUGGACUUGAACCACGGUCCGGAAUGGGUUUCGAGCUAACGUUUCGAUUGGUGAAAUCGCCCGACGCUCCGCCAGAUGAACGUCCUCCAACGUGGCCCGCGAACCUACUCCAAUCGCUAGCAAAGUACGUCUUCCAAUCGGGCAACCGUCUUUGUUCGGGCGAUAACAUACCAUGGCGUCGUCCGCUCGAUGGAAGCAAGGCGAACAACGCCACCGCUGCCGACAUUCAGCACAUGCUGAUAGCCGAGGAUCCGCAGCUUCCGCGGACGGAAACUCCCUUCGGUUGGGUUGAUUUUCUGCAGAUUGUAGGUGUGACGGGUGAAGAGCUCGAACAGGCGUCACGGUGGAACGGAAAAGGCGUGCUCAAUUUGCUGCGUAAAGAUCCGGCUACGGGUGGACCAUGGCUCAUCACGGAUAUGGCACGCUCCGGAAGCGUAUUUGAACAGUUUCCCGAAACUCUCCGUCAGCUAGAGCUCGAUCUCGAGAAGGAAGGAUCCGAUCUGGCUGGCGUAAAUGCGGACUUUACUUUCAAAGAGCUCGCCAAAGGGACCCUCGCUGUGGAGGUGAAAAGCGAAUUGCUCGAUCCGGAAGAAGAUCUCACGCGCUCCAUUUCGUCGUGCAACAUUGCCGUCAAGCAGGAACCGAACGAUGGCAUCGAGCAUUCGUCCAUUGGGUCCACUUCCUCCGACAUGGUUAACCCGUUCGAUAAUCCGAACAUCCCGUCGCGGGUGUUCCCACUGACCGGGAUCGAGCUCACGUUGGCACCGUAUGCCGCCAAAUUUCUCAUCCUCGCCGUUAAGGACCGCAUUCGUCACGGUCGCCACUUUACCUUCAAGGCGCAGAAUAUGGCGGUCACGUUUGUAGCCGAAUCGGUGACCGGGUCGAUCGUGAACCGUCAAACGCCCUACGCCGUGCUCGGCUGCUGGGUGCAAAUACUCAUCCCGAACCGGCUCGUGCCGCGAAUGGUGGACAGCUUUGCCGAGCUGGGCACCAAGAGUUCGGACAAUCUCAAGAUACCUCUCACGUACGAAUGGCCGGAAUAUAACAUCCGAUUUAUCAUCGACAACCCUCCACCGGAGCUGCUCAACCAACAAGGGCCGAUACUGGCGUGACCAAUGUCCAAUCGCCGCACGUGCCAAGUGUUUCUCUUUCGUAUUAGAUUUUAAAAGUGCCUUGACACACACAGCGCAUGGUGUGAGAACUAGCUCUGAUUAGACAAAGGAUGCCUUUUUUUUAAAAUAAAUCUCAAUUUUACUUCGUAUCGAAAGUAGUACCAUGUUUAGUUAAUAUAACGA